AUGCGUCUCUCUCGUAGUCUUACACCUUUCGUUCUCCUCUUUGUUGUUGCACCAGCUGUAUCUGCUGGUGUCGCUAUCUUGAGAACCGAUUAUUACCAAAAAACAUGCCCUGAUUUCAACAAAAUCGUGCGUGAAGCCGUUAUAGCCAAGCAAGGUCAACAACCGACAACUGCGGCUGGGACACUCCGUCUCUUCUUUCAUGACUGUUUUCUUGAAGGCUGUGAUGCGUCAGUUUUGAUAGCGACCAAUUCGUUUAACAAAGCGGAACGUGACGAUGAUCUCAACGACUCCCUCCCAGGAGAUGCUUUUGACAUUGUUAAUCGCAUCAAAACAGCUCUCGAGCUGUCUUGUCCCGGUGUUGUAUCAUGCGCUGAUAUAUUAGCGCAGGCUACACGUGACCUUGUCACGAUGGUAGGAGGACCUUACUUCGAUGUAAAGCUUGGUCGUAAAGACGGACUCGAAUCCAAAGCCCAUAAAGUACGAGGAAACGUCCCCAUGCCAAACCAGACGGUCCAUGACAUCCAUGGGAUGUUCAAGAAAAAUGGGUUUAGUUUACGUGAGAUGGUAGCAUUAAGUGGAGCGCACACAAUUGGAUUUUCUCACUGCAAAGAGUUUAGUGACCGGCUCUACGGAUCAAAAGCCGAUCCAGAAAUCAACCCGCAAUUUGCAACCGCCCUUAAAAAACUAUGCAAAAACCAUACAGUGGACGACACAAUUGCGGCGUUUAACGACGUGAUGACUCCGGGGAAAUUCGAUAACAUGUACUUUAAGAACCUUAAACGAGGGCUUGGCCUAUUAGCUUCCGACCACCUCCUUAUUAAAAACAAUAGAACGAAACCGUUCGUUGAGCUUUACGCAACUGACGAGAAAGCAUUCUUUGAAGAUUUCGCUCGUGCGAUGGAGAAAAUGGGCACGGUUGGUGUGAAGGGCGAUGGAGAAGGAGAAGUGAGGCGUAGGGUUAGCUGCCAGACCGUUAACCAUAGUUUCCAAGUGCCAUCAAGGGAGCUGAAGGGAUUUCAUUUCUGCGAGAGAGGUGAUCCAAUCUCGAGCCGUUGUCUCCUCUUCGACGUCCGUCAUCUCCUCUUCGACGUCCUUCGUCUCCUCUUCGCCGUCCGUCGUCUCCUCUUCGCCGUCCGUCGUCUCCUCUUCGCCGUCCGUCGUCUCCUCUUCGCCGUCCGUCGUCUCCUCUUCGCCGUCCAUCAUUUACUAUUGUGUCCUUAUCGCUGUUCAUCGUGCAUCUUCUCGAUUCGCCGUCGUCUUCUCUGCAUCAGCCUUGAUCCCUCGUCUCUGCGUCAUCAUUGA